UAACAGGAGACUGGUAUGUGAGGAAGGUGAAGGUUUUACAGCUCCGUCUUUCACACCUGUUUAUUCACUGCUACAAAAAUGAAGCUAUGGACUUUAAUGCUUAUCCUCACACUGUGUGUAGUUGCAGUGUCAGCCUACAGCAAAAUCAGGCAGAAAAGAACAUGGAUCAUUGACUCCUUCACUAUAGAGGAAGAAAAUCCUGGCCCUUUCCCAUAUGUACUCGGCACUAUUCAUAUAGAGAAGAAAUAUCUAGUAAAUUUUGAACUCAGUGGCAGUGGUGUUGAGGUGGAACCCAAAGGUGUGCUCAGUAUCAACGGUAAAACUGGUGAGGUUCUUGUGCAUAAAAUGGUCGACUAUGAGGCUUAUCCAGUUCUCAGGCUCAAGUUUGAAGCAAAGAAUGUCUCGAAUGACAAAGUGGACACGAGACUCGGCGUUGAGGUCAAGAUCCAGGAUAUUAAUGACCAUGCACCUGUUUUUAAACCUCUUAACUAUGAAAAAUCAAUCAAUGAAUCCGAACCUCAAGGUAAAUUGAUUCUGGCGGUCUUUGCAUCAGAUGAUGACGAUGGAACCACCCCCAAUGGCACCUUCAAUUACAGACUUGUCUCAACCACCCCAAAAACAGAUAAUGUUGAAUUUUAUAUAAAUCAGAACAACGACGUAGGAAGUAUUUAUUUCAAGGGCUGCUUGGACUAUGAGAAAGCACAGAAAUAUACCCUUCUGAUCGAAGCUAAAGAUAAUGGAGACAAAGUGCAGCUAUCCAGCACGAGCAAGGUGGUCCUGAACGUCAUUGACCAUAACAAUCACCUCCCUGAAAUCACUGGUCACACAGGUUCUGGAAAGAUAAAAGAACGAGAGAGUGGAGUGAUAGUUCUGCGCUUGCAGGUCAGAGACAAAGACACACAGGGGUCACCAGCCUGGAAAGCUAAAUUCACUCUUCAUGGAGAUCCAGAGAACUAUUUUAAAAUCGAAACUGACCCCAAAACAAACGAAGGAAUCUUGACUGUUGUAAAGGCAAUGGAUUACGAGGAGCAAACUUCAAGAAAUGUGUCAAUCAGUGUGGAAAAUGAGGUGCCCUACUUCUCCUGUAAAGUGAAAAACCGUACUCCGCAGGGUUUAUGGGAUGUAGAGACUUUUGCUCAAGGGUCCAGCACAGCUACACCUACUGAGCUUUAUUCCGUCACUAUCGCUGUCGAGGACAUCAAUGACCCACCAGAGUUUGUACCACCUGUUAAAGAAAUAAUGAUCAUGGAGAAUGCAAAAGUUGGAACCCACUUGGAAACCUUUACAGCCAAAGACCCAGAUAAGUCAUUUGGCAGCUCAUUUUUCUUUGCUAAAGGAGAAGAUAAAGACAACUGGGUGACACUAGAUCCAAAGACUGGCCAGGUUUCUGUGGCCAAACUUAUGGACAGAGAAUCACCAUUUGUGAAAAACAGUACCUACAGUGUCAUUGUGUAUGUUGUGGACAAUGCUCAACCUCCACUGACAGGUACAGGGACGCUGAUCAUCCAUCUAGGGGAUCAGAACGAUAAUGUACCACUGUUGAAAAAGGACAGUGAAAACGUGUAUGUGUGUUUAGCAGACAAGGAAACUAUGACUAACAUCACUGCUGAAGACCUGGAUCUUCCACCAUACAGUGAACCAUUCCACUAUGAGCUACAGGGAGAUGUUGAUGGAAAAUGGAGAAUUGAACCUAACCCUGGAACGACUGUGAACCUAGUCCGAGAGAAGAACCUACAUUCAGGCCAUUAUAGGCUUCAGUUGAAAAUAUCAGACAACCAAGGAUUUGGUUUGGUCCAAAACCUGUCUGUCACUGUGUGUGAUUGCACCAUCACACCCAACUGCCAAGGUCACAGACUUGUGUAUGCACGGCCGAGUCUUAGCGCCAUUGGGAUCAUGAUCUUUGCCUUCUUGUUACUGCUAGCAUUCCUUCUGAUGGCUCUUUUGCUAUCCUGUAAACACCAGAAAGCUAUGAUCCCAACUGAUGAUGCUCCCGACUGGUAUCUUAUUAAAUCCAACAUUGAGACACCUGGCACAGACUGCAAGAUGCCACCGAAAGUAUUCCAAACGGACAUGAGCGAGAACCCUGUGAAGGCAACCGAUCAUCUUGGAGCUCAAAAUGGGAUUUCCACUCAGGAGCUUGUGGUUAACAAUGGAUUUGCAGCUUUCAGUGACCAGCAAAUGAUUAGGAGAUCUUUCCGACGGAGUUCGACAAGACGUUCUUACAGAAAUAUCAACAAUUAUGAUAUGACGCAGUCAAUGAGCAGAAACUAUUCUGCUUACUACUCAGAUGACAUUCAUAUGAGAGAAGCAUUGCUGAUUCAACUUAACCAGAGCCUCCUCCAACUCCAGAACCCACAAGAGGAGCUUGGUGAUUAUAAGCCACACUGCUAUGCAGUCGAAGGAGAACCUGUGACAGACCAAAACCUCGAUACCCUUUCCAUUCCUGAGACAGAUUUCAAUCUAGACAUAUUUACAAAUUUAGAUAUCCAAUUCAACAAAUUAGCGGCUAUGUGCAAGCCUGAUCUAAUGUCAUAGUCUGAGGAAAUACUAAAUAAUCACUAAUUAUCAGUAAAUAUUUUUGCUCACUCUUUAAGAGCAGAUUACGGUUAGUGUUGUGUGCUUGAAUGACACUGGAAAAUGUCGGUUAUCCCAAUUUCGCAUACCUACCUCAUGGAUGGAUGAAUGGAUGGAUGGAUGGUGUUCUGCUGAUUGAGAUCACUAGCAGAAAACCAUGUUUUUUCUGCACUGAGAAUUGGUAGAAUGAUUCAAGCUUAAACAUUAAUUAAUUAAUUACUUAAUCGACCAAUCAAUUAAUUAAUUUGUCGAUUAAAAAAACUUACAUGAACUGGUACUCAACACUGCUCAAGGUUGAACAAGUGUGGGUCUGUGGGAGACCCUGGUAAGGUUAAGGCACUUAUUAAAGAUAUGAUAAAGAAAUGAUAAUGAAAAAAAUGCAAAUGAAUAAAAAAAUGGGAACAAUAUUUUUUUAGAGAACACAGCUUUGAUUGCAGUUAUAAUUGGGUUUUACUGUUGUAUUGUAUUUUGUAAAGUUCUUUAUUAGUAGUUGGUGGGGUUUUUUUUAACUCAAAGUACUUAUACUCUUACUUGGAAAGACCUAGGAAUUUAAUUGAAAUUUAUUUUUUGGUAUUCAUACAUACUUGGGGUGUAAUGCAAUGCCACUAAUGGUAUCUGUAUAGUGAUGUAAAUAUCUGCAUCUGUAUUCAGAUAUGAACUGCUGUGAGAAUGUACUAUGAAGCUGGGACACAGUGCUGCUGUGAGUCAGAAUGGGGUCCUUUAAGCAGCAUUUCAUUAAAAUGUCCACUGAUAUUCUCAAACAUUUUUCUUUUAAAAACAAUGGAGAACAUAUAUAUUUCAUACAAACAAAAAUGCACAACAAAAACAUUUUUUAAGACUGCCAUGGGCACUGUAUAUGGUCUACAUGGUCUAUGGGAACAUUGGACCUAUAAAUAAAAGCAUUUUUGUUUAUAAAUUUCAAGAUUUAAGGCCGGUUUGUGCAGAUAAUAAUAAUAAUAAUAAUAAUAAUAAUAAUGCAUAUUUCCAUGGAAUCACUUCCACCAGAAAAUAGGAUGAGUCAGUAGGUGCAUUUACAUGGACACUUUUAAUCAGGCCGGACUGAAUUCAAUCAGAUUGACGAAUCCGAUCACAGCGUUUACAUGAACGCAGGAUAAAGUAAUCAGAUUGUUAUGCGCGUUUACAUGACACAUGAUUAGAAUCGGAUUAGAUUUUUUGACAUGAGCACAGUCCAUGAAAACAUUAGUACGUCAUACGUCAUUCGUAUCAACAUCCGUACGUCAUAUGUCAUUCUUGCAUCAUUGCACAUGCGCAGAACUUUCCAGGAACAUAUUCCAUCCGAUUAAGUGUUUACAUGUCCUCCCGAUCGGACUAAAAAUGGUUUAAACCACCCCUUACCAUCCGAAUGAAAUUUUAAUCGGAUGUGGCAAAUUCCAUCCGAUUGACGUGUUUAAAUGACACUUUUUUAUCUGAUUGUGCUUCUAGUCCUGUUAUGAUCGGAUUACAAGUGUCCUUGUAAACACACCUAGUGAUACAGACAGACACAUUUAUAACAAAUACACAAGAAAUUAUGAUUUUGAAAUCAUUCCCUGGGAUCCUUGUGCCCUCAAUUGCUUAGCUGUGACUGGAUUCUGUCAUUAAAUCUGUACAUUGUUUUGGAUAUAAGUGUCUGCAAAAUAAAUAAAUGCCUGUUUUACAUAUACC